AUGAAAAUUCGUAGUGGGCUGGUUUUGACAGCUUUAGCAUCUCAAAUAUCAUCGGCAUUUGAUGAAUCAUCACAAAAAUAUAGGCUUCGUCAACAUCAAUAUCAUCAACAGGAUUCAUCGCAUAUUACAGAAUACAUUUGUCGUGCACAAAAAAUGGUGUACAGGUUUAAGGAAAAGGUGGGUUGUCCUGGUAUGUCUGUAUGUGUUUCAUUAUCAGGGAAGAUUAUUUAUCAAGAAGGUGUUGGGUAUGCCAAUGUUGAGCAUAUGGUACCAGUAAAUGAAAAUACAGUAUUUCGAAUAGCGAGUAUUAGUAAGCCCUUUACUUCAUUAUUGGUUGGAAGAUUAUUGGAUCAACACAAGUUAGAUCUUGACGAAGAUAUCCGAUCCUAUUUACCUGAGUUUCCGGAGAAAACAGUCAGUGGAACUUAUGCAAAAAUAACUGUUCGAUCAUUGCUCAACCAUACCAGUGGUAUUCGUAGUUACAAAAAAAUUUCAGAUGAAAAUAAACAAUCCGCGUAUCCAGAAAUGUUAAAUACUGUUCGUUUUAACGAUACAUUAAAUGCUUGUGAUAUGUUUAAAAAUGAUGCAUUAGUUCACGCACCUGGUAUUGAAUACACCUAUAGUACAUUUGCAUUCACUUUAUUAUCAGCAGUUAUUGAAAAAAUUUGUUUAAACAAAGGUAGUUUAUUUGAUCAACCAUUAGCAACAGUUAAAGGUGAAUCAAAGUCAUCUUGUGAAAACGAAACAAAAUCUAUAAACAGUUUACCGAAAUGGGCAAGAUUUGAUACCAAUCUUUUAAGACUUUUUCAAUACCUCAAUUUGAAUAAUACCUGUUUAGAGUAUCCUGAGAAGAUAAUUUCUUCAAGAGCUGCCCAGUAUUGUCGUUCCGAUAAAGGCAUACUUACAAACACUCCCACAAUUGAUAAUUCAUAUAAAUGGGCUGGUGGAGGUAUUCUUUCUACAGCUAGUGAUCUAAUUCGCUUAGCUGAUCAUCUAGCAUUUAUUUAUAUGGGUUGGCUUGAAUCAUAUGGAAUUGUUAAACAGUCUACUUUGAAUCAAUUAUUAUGGAAAGUUUCUUGUGUACCACCAGAUCGAAGUACAUUACCUGGACUGGGUUGGUUUUUAGCCAGACGUUCAGGUGAUCCAGCAACUAAAGAAAAUGGAUACCCUGACCGAUUAUAUGCAUUGCAUACAGGUGGUGCAGUGGGUGGUACAACUGUUCUUCUUCUUAGUCUCCCUUUGUUAUGUAAUAAUGAUAAUAUUCCUAAUAAGACAAAUGAAGGAAACACUUUUUCUACUACGGAUCAUAAUCAUAAUUUCAUUUCAUCUGUACAAAAUAACACUGUGAUAAUAUCUCCAGUGAAUAAAAUAUAUCCAGUGGAUGUUCGAAUAAAAGCAGCCAAUAUUCCGCCAAUUAAUGUGGCUAUCUUAACUAAUUUAGAAAAUGUUUCUGGUAUGUCAGAACUAGCUAUACAUUUAUCGGAAUUAUUUUUGGAUUAUGCUAUAAAAUUAAAAGAAUAUGAAGAUGAUGAAGAAAUAGAGAAAUGUUGA